CAAUAGAUAUCCUUAAUUAGGUAGUCGCUAUUUUUUGCCGGUCUCGGUGUAGUUAAGUUCUGUCAUAUUAUCCCGUGAGGAGAAGCAGUACUCUACUCCACUUGCGUUCAGUAUUCGGCUGAUAAGGAUUGAAGCUAUUCGCAAGUAAAUUCCACAAUAAAAAAGUAAAAAUGUUGGCGAUGCGAGGUGCACUGUUUUCCACCGCUAAGAACUGCAGCGCUGUGCUGGGUUGUCGCAGCAAGCACACCUUGCCGGAUCUGCCGUACGAUUUCGGGGCGUUGGAGCCGGUUAUUUGUCGCGAAAUCAUGGAGCUGCACCACCAGAAGCAUCAUAACGCGUACGUUACGAAUCUGAACGCGGCCGAAGAGCAACUGCAGGAUGCCGUGGCCAAGAAGGACGUCUCGAAGAUCAUCCAGCUGGGCAACGCGAUCAAGUUCAACGGUGGCGGUCAUAUCAAUCACUCCAUCUUCUGGAAAAAUCUCUCUCCGGAUCGCAGCGACCCGUCAGCGGAGCUGCAGAAGGCGCUUAACCGCGAUUUCCAAAGCAUGGAAAAUUUCAAAAAAGAAAUGAAAGCCGCUGCCGUCGCCGUGCAAGGAUCCGGCUGGGCCUGGUUGGGGUACAACAAGAAGAGCAAGCUGCUCCAAAUCGCCGCCUGCCCGAAUCAGGAUCCACUGGAAGCGACCACUGGACUCGUUCCCCUGUUGGGUAUCGACGUUUGGGAGCAUGCUUACUAUCUGCAGUACAAAAACCUAAGACCGAACUAUGUCGACGCCGUGUUCGAUGUGGUUAACUGGAAAGACGUUUCCGAGCGGUUGGCAAAGGCACAAUAAGCGACCGAUAUAAUUAGCGCAGCGAUACGAUCGUUUUGUUGUUUCUCUAAGAGUGUAGGAUCCCCAUCAUGAAGACCGGCGAAACAAUAGCAAUGAGGCGUUUUCAAAAAUGUACCCAAUCUGUGCACCUUAACUAACCUGUGAAACGAAGCUAGAAGCUAUUCGAAAUAAAAUUAUGAAUCAUUAGGCAGUAUGCUUUUAUGAAUGCCAUGCAACUAAGUUUUAUGUUUUCUUUCGUGAGUGCACUUUGACUGGAAAACUACAGAGGAUGUG